GUGAUUAUUUGUGCAGUAGACAUGGAAAGGAAUAAAUAUUAUCGUUUUUUUAUUCCACUUUUUAAUUUUAUUUUACUUUUAAUGAAUUCACAGUUGGUAUUUUCUAAUGAAUUUUAUCUUUUGGAGUCCGAUAAUAUUCAAGAAGAUCAUUUCGAAAAAGAUGAACGUGGUAAUAUGUUCUGGGACUUUGGAAUCUCAGGUUUUAUAGGAAGGAUAAAAACUGUGCUACUGGGAAUAUUUUCAUUUUUUGGAAAAGACAUGAAGGAGACCAGUGUUCAUUGGUUUCGAAAAGGUCUACGCCUCCAUGACAACCCAGCUUUGAUGAAAACACUAGAAAAAUGUGGAAAUUUUAGACCUAUAUUUAUCUUAGAUCCAUGGUUUGUGAAAAACAUGCAUGUUGGACCCAAUCGCUGGAGAUUUUUGCUACAGUCCUUAAAAGAUCUUGACAACAGUUUAAAUAAAUUGCAUUCAAGGCUUUUUGUUAUUCGAGGGAAACCACUUGAAGUAUUUCCAAAGAUUUUUCAGCAGUGGAAUGUUAAAACACUGACGUAUGAGGUUGACACAGAACCUUAUGCUAUUGAAAGAGAUGAAAAGGUUGAUCAAUUAGCCAAAAGAAUGGGAGUGACUGUGAAAAAAGAAGUUUCUCAUACUUUAUAUGACAUUGAGAGGCUUGUGAUGAAGAAUAAUGGCUCUGCUCCACACACUUACCAAGCAAUGCUAACAAUGUUAAAAAAGAUUGGUCCACCACCUAAGCCCGUUGCCUCCUUAGAUAGUUUGAAAGGCUGCUCAACUCCUGUGGAAGAAAACCAUGAUGAAAAAUAUAAUGUCCCUGAUUUAAAAGAGCUGGGUAUUCAUGAAAGCGAUUGUGGCCCAAAUUUAUAUUCUGGUGGAGAAACGGAAGCUCUGAGAAUAAUGAAUGAAAAACUAAGCAACAAGUCAUGGGUUUGCAAGUUUGAGAAGCCUAAAACACAGCCAAACUCACUGGAACCAAGUACAACAGUUUUGAGUCCUUACCUCAAGUUUGGGUGUCUUUCAGUUAGAACAUUUUAUUACAGACUGCUGGAUGUCUACAACAAGUAUACGGGAAACUGUACAAAGCCCCCAGUUUCUUUGGAAGGACAGCUGUUGUGGAGAGAGUUCUUUUACACUGUUGGUUAUGCAACUCCUAAUUUUGAUCAAAUGAAGGGAAACCCUCUUUGUAAGCAAAUCCCUUGGAGCAACAACCCUGAAUUUCUGGAAGCCUGGACAAAGGCUCAAACAGGCUUUCCAUUCAUUGAUGCUAUCAUGACACAGUUAAGACAAGAGGGAUGGAUUCAUCACCUUGCUAGGCAUGCUGUUGCUUGCUUCUUGACUCGUGGAGAUCUCUGGGUCUCUUGGGAACAUGGGAUGAAGGUGUUUGAAGAGUUUCUCCUUGAUGCUGACUGGAGUCUCAAUGCAGGGAACUGGAUGUGGCUAUCAGCUAGUGCCUUUUUCCAUCAGUAUUUUAGAGUCUACAGUCCUGUUGCAUUUGGAAAAAGUAUGGACAAAAAUGGAGAUUAUAUCAGAAAAUAUCUUCCUGUACUGAAGAAAAUGCCCUCAGAGUACAUUUAUGAACCAUGGAAAGCACCACUGAAGGUUCAACAACAGAUAGGUUGUGUGAUUGGGAAAGACUACCCAAAACCUAUUGUUGAUCAUGACGAAGCCAGGAAGAGUAAUUUGGAAAAAAUGAACAAAGCGUACAAAGAAAACAAAACAUCAAAUGAACAGAAGACUACCAACAAGAGGUCAUCAGAAGAGACAGUGAGCAGUUUGUUGUCUCCAAAGAAAACUAAAUCCUAGAACAAAAAAGAUUUGAAGGGAAUCAAGUAUCAAGAUUUGUGUAAUAGAAUUUCAGAGAGAUACUUUCUAUUUUCAUAUUAAAGUUUGUCAUUAGAAACAAUAAAUAUGAAUUUUUUGAUUGUA